AUGGAGACGCCCGGUCCCUCAGGGGGCGGCCCUCCCUCGUCCUCCUCCCCACCGCCCCCGCCCGCCCUCCGCCUGCCCCUCCCCCAGCCCGGCCAGGAGCCCCCGGAGGGUGGGGCCGGACCCCAGCCCCCUCCGGCCCCCGCCACCGCCUCUCGACGGGAGCGCAAGCCCCCGAAGCCGGGGAAGUACGUGUGCUCGUACUGCGGGCGGCCGUGCGCCAAGCCCAGCGUGCUGCAGAAGCACAUCCGCUCGCACACGGGCGAGAGGCCCUACCCCUGCUCCCCCUGCGGCUUCUCCUUCAAGACCAAGAGCAACCUGUACAAGCACCGCAAGUCCCACGCCCACCGCAUCAAGGCCGGCCUGGCCUCCUCCGGCCACCAGGGGGAGCCAGAGGAGCCCACCGAGGGCGAGAGCACCGACUCCGAGGAGGAGACGGGCCAGCACGCGCCUCCUGCCACCUCCGCCUCCUCGGGCGCGCCCGAGCCGCAGAAGGGCCGGGGCGGGGAGCAGCAGAAGGGCCGGGGCGGGGAGCAGCCGGAGGACUCCCACGCGGUGAAGCAGCGUCUGGCCAUGCGGCUGAGCGAGAGGAAGCGCCUCCCCGCGGUCUCCCCCGACGACGGCACCACGCCCUCGCCCUCCUCCUCGCUCGGGCCCGGGAGCAGCAAGGGCAGCACGGAGUCCGGCUACUUCUCCCGCUCCGGGAGCGCCGAGCUGUCCCAGGUCAGCCCGCCCAACGCCAGUGCCAAGACCUACGCCGAGAUCAUCCUGGGGAAGUACGGGCGCCUGGGCCAGCAGCAGCGCCCCCCCCGGGCCCCCGGCGGCCUGGGCGCCCCCGACAAGGCCGGCGUCCCGUUCUCCGUGCCCAAGACGCAGGUGAUCGAGCACAUCACCAAGCUCAUCACCAUCAACGAGGCGGUGGUGGACACCAGCGAGAUCGACAGCGUCAAGCCACGCCGCUCCUCGCUCUCCCGCCGAAGCAGCGUGGAGUCGCCCAAGUUCUCCGGCCUCAAGGAGCCCUACGCGUCCUUCGACCCCAAGAAGGGCGAGCCGCCGGGUCCUAGCGGAGCCCCCUUGAGUAUGGGAGGGUUCCCAGGCUCCUACCCCAAGCUGGACCCCGUCGCCCCCCUGCUGAGGAGCCAGUCCAUGCCUUCAUCUGCCGGGACCUCCUCCUCCUCCUCCUCCUCCCACAGGAACAUCCGACUCAGCCAGUCGUUUGACGAGCAGCAGGCGGCGGCGGCCGAGCUGCGCACCGGGCCCCACCAGCGCACGCUGCGCCGCCAGCCCGCCAUCGAGGCCGAGUUCAUCCCGGAGGAGGCCGGCCCCUCCUCCUCCUCCUCCUGCUCCUCCGUGUCCGCCGCCACAGCGCCCCCCGAUGGCCGCCCCCCGCCAGCGCAGGCGCCCCCCCGGCGCGGGCCCCGGGGCCACGAGUGCGAGGCGUGCGGGAGCCGCUACAAGAAGCCGGAGAGCCUGGAGACGCACCGCCGCUGCUUCUGCUCCGCCCGGCCGGCCCCGGGGCCCCCGGCCCCCAGCGCCCCGCACGACCGCCCGCAGAUGAUGCACUAUAAGUUCCGCGCCAUGGCGAUGGCCGUGCGCAAGCGGCGGAAAGAGGAGAGUCUGGAGGAGGACCCCCCCAGCCCGGGCCCCGGGGGGCCCCCCCUGGAGCGCGACCUCGUCCCCCAGCAGGAGCGCAAGAGCACCUGGAAGGAGAUCUCGGUCAUCCAGCACACCAGCUCCUUCGAGAAGCAGGACAGCGUGGUCUCCAUGGAGAGCCAGGACAAGGAGCAGGAGGAGCCUCCCCCCGCCCCCCAGCCCCACCCGCCAAAGCCACACCCCUUCUCCCGCCUCGUGCGCCAGCACAACAUCCAGGUGCCCGAGAUCCUGGUGACCGAGGAGCCGGACGCUGACAUGGUGCUGGCAUCGCCCCCGGCAACCACAUCCUCAGCCACAGCCAAGGAGCCAGAGAAGGUGGAGGAGUUCCAGUGGCCGCAGCGCAGUCAGUCCCUGGCGCAGCUCCCGGCGGAGAAGCUCCCUCCGAAGAAGAAGCGCCUGCGCCUGGCGGAGUCGCGGUCGUCGGGGGAGUCCAGCUUCGAGUCGCUGCCCCGCAGCCCGAGCCAGGAGAGCUCCAGCCGCUCCGCGUCCUUCGAGGCGGACGCGGAGAUGCAGCCGGCCCCCGCCCCGGCCCCGGCCCCGGCCCACAUGCUGACGGUGCCGCCCGGGCCCCACCCGCUGCGCGAGAUGCGGCGCUCGGCCUCGGAGCAGGCCCCCGCCCAGCCGCCCGCCCAGGUCGCCGAGGCGCGGAGCAAGAGCUUCGACUACGGCUGCCUGUCGCCCCAGCGCUCCGCCGCCGCCUGGAAGGAGCGCCGCAAGUGCCUGCUGGUGAAGCACGCCACGCUGGGGGAGGCCGAGCCGGACGAGCCCCCCCCGAACCCCGCCCCCCCCCACCCGGCCGGCCUGCUCCCGCCCGACCCCGGCUCCUCCUCCAGACUCAGCCCGGAACCUUCCGGAGCGUCCCCGCAGCUGCCCCCGGCGGGCUACGAGGGGUUCCCCCGGGGGCAGUACUCCGCCCCCCGGGCCUUCCCCCCCCUGCACCCCGCCCAGCUGCGCCUGGCCGAGCGCCUGGGGCUCCCACUGCCGCCCUUCCCCCCGCUCCUGCCCCUGGGGUACCCCUCGGGGGCAGCUCAGGCCCUCUACCUGCCCCUGCCCAGCGGCCUGGCCCUGCAGGUGCCCCCCGACUCCGCCAGGCAGGAGUCCAAACCCUCAACGUCCCAGAGCCCCCCCAUGCCCGUCCCCCCCCUGCACCACCCCGUGCCCGUCAUCUCUCCCUGUCUGGACAAGCUGUCCCCCGUGGUCUCCCUGGUGGUGCCGGUCCGUCUGCAGGCCCACAUGCCCAGCUACGCCAGGGCCCUGUACACCACCCUCUCCCAGCUGCUGGCCCCCAGCCCCGCCCUCACCGCGCCCGUCUGCUGCACUGCAUCCUGGGUGAUCCGGAGCCGGGUGGACUGCGGCGAGAAGCCGCCCAGGAGCCCGUACCUGAAGGUGCCCACGCCCGACUUCCAGAGCUGCCUGUCCGUCAGCCUGGCGCUGGAGGGCGGGGCCGGGGCGGGGCUGGGCGCGGGCGGGAGCAAGCGCGUGCUCUCCCCGGCGGGGAGCCUGGAGCUCAGCACGGAGUCCCAGCGGCAGCAGAAACGCGUGAAGGAGGAAGAGGAGGAAGAGGAGGAAGAUGACAGAGGCGAUGAGGGGAGCGCCGCGGUGAAGGAGAAGGGUGAGGUUGCCACGGAGACCGUCGCCAUGCCUCAAGAGGUGGAGUCGCCGACGUGGGAUGCAAAGGAGGAAGAGGAGGAAGAUGUGGUGGAGAGGAAGGAGCCAGUGCCAGAGCUCCUCAAGGUCAAAUUCAAAGAGGAGGAGGACGAAGGCCAAAGGACGAAGAGCCCCGCCUACCCAUCCCUCAACACCACCACCAACGUCAGCUGGUGCUACCUGAACUACGUCAAGCCCAACCCCUCACCCCAGCAGGACCCCCAGGCCUCCGUCUACGCCUCCUGGUCCGUGAGCGUCCACAACCCCAACCUGCCAGGCCUGUCCACCAGGGCGGCGCUGUCCCUGCUGCAGUCCAAGCAGAAGCACACCUCCGAGACCUACACCAUGGCCAACACCCCCCACCCCACCGCCAGCAGGCUGGCCCCGGCCGGCUCCCGCAAGCCCCGCAUGUCUGAGGUACGUUCGGCCACGCCCAGCGCUCCUGUCAAAGUGAAGGAGGCUCCGCCCCUUGAGCAGGAGGAAGAGGAGGAGCCGGGGAAGAGGGAGGAAGAGGCGCCCUCAACCUCCAAACACAGCGAUCCAUCCCGCGUCCGCAUCUUCGAGGGAGGGUUUAAGUCGAAUGAGGAGUAUGUGUACGUGCGUGGGCGGGGCCGGGGGAAGUACGUGUGUGAGGAGUGUGGGAUCCGCUGUAAGAAGCCCAGCAUGCUGAAGAAGCACAUCCGCACACACACCGACGUGCGGCCCUACGUCUGCAAGCACUGCAGCUUCGCCUUCAAGACCAAAGGGAACCUCACUAAACACAUGAAGUCUAAGGCCCACGGCAAGAAGAGCCAGGAACCACCUUCCCUGGACCAGCAGGAGCCUGAGGAGGGAGGUGGCGAUGAGGAGCGCUUGGGCGGGUCGGAGGACCAGGAGGAGCACCAGUUCUCAGACGUCGACGAUUCUGAAGACGACGACGACAACGAGGAAGAGGAGGAGGAAGAAGAGCCUUCAUCCCACGACACCUCCCCUGACACACGUCUCUCCAGUACCCCGGAACCCCGCCUGCCCGCGCCCCAGGAGAGGGAGCCGGGGUCCGGGGUGCAGGACUACCCGUCGCCCAGGCUCUGGCCUAGCGGCCGCACUGCCUCCCCCAGCAGCAAGAGGGCGCUGUUCUCCCGGCAGCGAUGGGAGGCCUCGCCCCGACGCUUCUCCCCGCACAGCGAGGGGUCGCCGCUACGCCAGCCCUCCCCUGGGCGGGGCCUGUCUCCUGGGCGGGGCUUGUCUCCUGGGCGGGGCCUGUCUCCAGGGCGGGAGGGCUCUCCUCUCCGAUGCCUGACCCCCAGGCUGGAGCUCUCCUCCCCGACCCGCCACCUCUCCCCGUCUCCCGAAAGAGGUCUGUCCCCCCUCAGACCGCUGUCCCCCGCCUGCUACCCCAUCCCCCCCGGAGCCCUGCCCAGGGCUCGAGGCCCCCCCGUCCCGCCGCCAGCACCUUCCCUCAGCACCGCCCCUCCUGAGGAGCAGCAGGAGAGGAGCAGCUUCCUGCCAGAGGGGGGCCCCCUCCCCCCCCGCCCUGCGGCUCUCCCCCUCCCCCCCGUCCCGCCGGGAAGACCAGCUGCUCAGCCACCUCCCCCUAUGGUGCCCCCCUGGCCCCUCCCCAAACCCGCCCACAGCGCCACCCCCACCCCCAGCACCACCCUCUGGACCGGGGGCCUGUCCCGCCCGCUGGAGCAGGGAGGGGGCGUGGCUCCGGGGCCCAGUGGGCGGGGCUAUCAACAGGACUACAGGGUAUUGGGUGAGGAGGAAGCGGGAACCAGCCAAUCAGGACUCGGCGUGGGAAGGUACCGCGCCCCCCCCAAAAAGAAACAGGGAACAGUGGAGGACCCCCCCGUUACGGGCAUUAAGCAAUACGGCAGCUCUGACCCGCCCGUCACUCCGGUCGCCAUGACCACCGGCAGCUCCAGGCCCGCCCCCAGCCAGCAGGCUCCGCCCACACACAGGACUAGACAGCCGUCUGAUAGGGAGGGCCCCCCCGGGGGGCGGGGCAGGAGGCGGGGCUCGGAGCAUGCCGGGGGUGGGGCCGACGGCAGAGCCAAUAGCGGCUCGCGGAAAAACAAAGACGGCAAAACCGGAAGCGCUUAA